UAGUCUAUAGCUAAUAAGAAUAGUUAAAUAUCAAAUCUGUUUCUGAUGUGUCUGAUUGCUCUUUGCUGAAGGAUCAAGAAUUUGCACCGAGCAGUGUAGCAAUAGUUGGGCAUUCCAUGGGUGGUCUUGUUGCAAGAGCAUUGCUCACGCUGAAGAAUUUUAAGCCUGAACUUAUAAACCUCCUCAUUACACAAGCCACACCUCACAUUGCACCUGUAAUGCCUUUAGACAAAUAUCUUACUGAUUUUUAUACAGCUGUAAACAAUCAUUGGAUUCUAAAGGCCCAAGAUUUAAGAAAUUUAACUACCCUUUCUGUGGCGGGAGGAUUCAGAGAUUACCAAGUUCGUUCAGGACUGGCUUUUCUACCAAGAUUGAGUCAACAUGACAGUGCCUUAUCUGUUGUGAGCUCAGCUGUGCCUAGAGCUUGGGCCUCAACUGACCAUCUCUCCAUAGUGUGGUGCAAAGAAUUGAUCCUGGCUACCAUUAGAGCUUUUUUUGAUCUCAUAGAUGAAAACACAAGGCAGAUAACUGAGGAUCCAAAGAAGAGAAUGUCUGUACUGUAUCACCAUUUUGUGAGACACCCUGCAAAGAUGUUUGAGGAAAAUCCUGAAGCUUUUACAAACCUCACAGGAGCUUUUGUAUGGAUUACAGUCGAAGGCUCAAAAUGGACUUAUUCAGUUUACAAUGAUUCUGAUGGAAAAUAUUUUGCAUUUCCUCUUGCAAGCCACAGAAAAGCAUACAGUCAUGUUUACUGUGAAAAUAGUAUGUUGGACACAAGUAGCUGGAUUUAUGGCUGCAUGAACACUAAUUCAUCAAUGUGCCUGGAAGCUGCUGAUUUAUCCUGGAAAGCUGAGUUACUUCCAACCACCAAGGUUGUCAUGCUGAAACUUCUGGACUAUCCUUCUUUGUCCCACAUUGUCAUUCAGGUACCACCUGCAGCUGGCAAGAAGUAUACUUUGGGCUGUGAAUUCUUCAAAGAGGAUUCCAGAACAGUACAGCUCCCUGUAACACCUCUUUUUUCAUUUGGGCUUUCUUCAAGCACAAUUCUCUUAAAUUCAACUGGUUUACUUUACCAUGUACAGCUCCAGCACUUCAACCAAAUAUAUCAAGCUUUCAAAAUUUAUAUAGAUGGCCGCUGCCAGUCACUCAAAGAAAGAAAACCUAGUGUUUACAGACUUCAUAUCCCCUGGUCAUAUGAAGACUCAAUAACUGUAGCAAAAGUUCCAUCUCUUGCUGAGAUUUCUGCCAAACUGCACAUUGCUCAGCCUCACAACGACAGCAGCCUUCCAGAGUUAAUCAUCUACUCUUCCACAGACUGUCAGUAUGAAGUAAUUCUCAAGACAUCACUCCUACAGGUUCUUGGGCAGAUAGUAAGAUUCCAUGCUGGUGCUUUUCCAGUCUAUAUUGUUUCUAAUAUUCUUCUUACUUAUGGAGGACAACUGAGCACACUGAGAUCAACAGGCCAGUGUUCAGACUUCUCACUUGAACUAGUUAGGACAGCAAAGCCCUACAAAGUAGAGCCUCUUAUAUGCAUUGUUGUGUUUCUGCAGGGGUUUAACUGGUUUAGAGAGAUAUGGGAAUCACUCUCACUACCAGAGGUGGAUGCUGCUGUACUGAGUAGUCAGGAUGCAUGGUUCCCUCUUGUGUCCCUGAUUCUAUUUCUUUUUGGGACAGGCAUUGCCUAUUGGAGUGGAGUAUUUUUCUCUACAUCUCUGAGACUCUUCUCUUCAUUAUGGUUAACUCUGAUUAGACCUACUGAACUUCAAAAAGAUAAGUUGAUUACACCCAGAAGACUCUGUGGGAUGAUGUCUCUUGCUUUGGUUAGCUGGACCACUUGUGGUGCAUUUGCUGUACUCAUUAUUUAUCUUCAAUACUUGUUCAAGGUUGUAAAACUGCAUGUGGCUGUAAGAGCAGAGCAGAACAUGCACAACAGGGAUUCAGGCCACUCAAAAGAAACUUCACAGAACUCCAGUACACACACAGUCAAAGCCCAGGGUUCAGUGGACAGCAUUCCAGAAACAACACAGUCUCCUUCCAACAGUAAAACACUUGCUGAAGCUGUGAGCACUCUUAAGAUGCACAUUGCAAUCCUUAAUUUAUUCACGUGGAUUGUGCUGCUCAACUUGCCAUCUUUAAUUUAUUGGUUAAAAAAUCUCAGGUACAGUGUUAGACUUGAUCCUGAUCCCUGUAGAUCCACAGCUAUUAUCCUCAUAUGCAUUUUAGAAAUUGUAAUGAAUUCAAGUACUUCUGAAGUGAAAUCAAGUAAACUCUUGAAGAUUGCAGCCAAAGUUCCACUCCCUUUGUCUGUUGCAGUGCUGGCCUUUGGACGGAUGCAUUUAUACAGAGUCCCACACUUUGUAACCUUUUCUCUUCUUCUACAUGUGCUGUGCUGUUUUGUGUAAUGUUCAUUCUAUAUAGGACUUAUAUAGGACACUGCACCCUGGAAACUUAACGCUGGAGAUGGGAAAAAUUGCAACACAGAAAUGCCUAAAUUAAUAUGAUCAGUAGUUUACAUUAUGUGGGAAAGUGGACAGAACUGUGAAUACUUUACAAAAAAUUAAUGGUUUUAUUCAUGUUGCUAAGAAAACUUUUCUGGUGUUUAUUUCAUGUCUCUGAAAAUGGAGUGGUUUAACUGUGUGUAAGCACAUGACUCAUAUCAGUGCAGCAUCGCAAUAUUCUGCCUUGUAGACACUUUGGUAUUUCACUAUACUGCUUUGUGAAAAUGGACCUUUUUUUACUCACUGUGCCAUGCAGUGUCUGUGUUCUGAACUUGCAUCUCUUGCAAGUCUAAAGUAUGCUGGUUAAAACUCAAUGCAUUUCAAGCACACUGUGACUAUCACAAAAACCACACAGCCAAGUAUACUUUGAAUUAUUUUAUGUUACAUUCAAAAGCUGCCACAUUUGUGUCUAGACAAACUAGAAUGUACUGCUUAUAUAGAACUGUUACUUAUAUCAUUUGUUCAAUCAGUGUGAGUUGAAUAUUUGUGAGAUUAUUGCAAGACUUACACAUUUUACUUUUUGUGAGAGUGAGAAAACAACAGUAUUCUAUGUAGCUUUCUAUUCAGGAAGGAUACCAGCAGAUUCAUAAACAAUUUGCUGUAAUGUUGUUUUAAAACAUUGUCAGUUUUCUCUGGAAUUUUGAAAUUAAUCUUUGGACUUUGUCCAUAUGUAAAAGCUAACAAACAUUGAGAUAUGGUGUGAGUUAACAGUACAGUUGCUGCACUCGAAGUAGACAAAGCAGGCUUUUUUCCUGUUGUAAAA